UCCGGCUUUCCCGACCUGACAAGGAAGAAAAACACGCGCGCAUGCGCCUGUUGCCGCUCCGUUGUUGAGCCCCCGCUUUUCCCUUCCCCGAACGGCUGCUUACUUCUGCCCAGGGAGGAGGCAUCCAUGUUCCAUGGAGCCCCAGGGAAUUGUUAAAGCUUUCCCCAAAAGAAAAAAGCCAGGAGAUGAUUCACAGAAGACAGUGCCUCCAAAGGUAUUGAAAGAAGAAGCCAGGGUCAAGAAAACAGGGUGGUUGGAGCCCAUCACAGCCUAUAUUCUGCAAGCUGGAAUUGGCCGGACCAGGGCUGAGAUCUUCCACAAGCAAAUAAUCCAGAACGGGGGAAGUGUCUGCAACCAACUUUCUCCAGAUGUGACACAUAUUAUAGUGGAUGAAGGCAUGGACUGUGACCGGGCCUUCCGAAUCCUCAAACUGUCAAAAUUACCCCAUGGACUGCAACUGGUGAAGGCAUCUUGGAUGAGUUUGUGUAUUUCAUCACAGCAGAUACUGGACACUACUGGCUAUAGCCUCUUCAUCCCAGAGAGGUAUUUGGAUGCAACAGACCUUUCAAAAAGGCAAUCACAAUAUGUGGAUGAAGAGAAGGUCCAACUUCAAAAAGGGAGUCCUAUCGCAGAGCUGGAGGCUGAAUCACAGGCAGGGACCAACUCUCCCAGCAGGGCAAGAAACUCCUCAGGACAGCAGGAAGCCAAAGGAGUGUGCUCGGGGAUCUCAGAUGAUGAAGGAAGUGAAGGCGAAGAACAUGUGAUUGCCCUGGGUGAGUUAGAAGCACUGCAAUCAGGCCAAGACCUGAACACUUUGGCAGGAAGUUCGUCCGUGGUGUGUCCCAUUGGCAAGUGGGUUUGUGCUCAGUCCUCUGAAAGCAAGAAACUGAAUCAUAAUCAGUGCCUCACAGAGAAGUUGGGACUGCUGGAAAAAGCCUACUCUGUCCAAGGAGACAAAUGGCGGGCUCUAAGUUACUCCAAAGCUAUCAAUGCACUCAAGAGCUAUUCCAAACCAGUCACCUCUUAUCAGGAAGCCUGUAAGAUUCCUGGAAUUGGGAAGAAGAUGGCAGAAAAAAUUGUGGAGAUCCUGGAGAGUGGGCACCUCCGAAAGCUUGAACACAUCAGCAACAAUGUGUCAGUGCUGGAAACAUUCUGCAAUAUUUGGGGAGCAGGAGUAAAGACUGCUCAGAUAUGGUACCAGCAGGGCUUUCGAACUCUGGAUGACAUCUGCACUAAGGCCUCUCUCACAAACCAGCAGGCCAUUGGUUUGAAGCACUACAAGGACUUCAUGGAACGCAUGCCAAGGGAGGAAGCUGCUGAAAUAGAGCAGACUGUCAGAGAUGCAGCUCAUUCUAUCCAGCCUGGAUUAAUUUGUGUAGCAUGUGGCUCAUACCGGCGGGGAAAGGCCACCUGUGGGGACGUGGAUGUGCUGGUGACUCACCCUGAUGGACAUUCCCACCAAGGUGUAUUUGGAAAGCUGCUUGAGGUCCUUCGGAAAAAGGGCUUUCUCACAGAUGACUUGGUAAGUCAAGAAGAUAAUGGGAACCAGAAGAAAUACCUGGGGGUGUGCCAUCUGCCAGGUCCAGAACGACUCCACCGCCGCCUUGACAUCAUUGUGGUACCUUAUAGCGAGUUUGCUUGUGCCCUGCUUUACUUCACAGGCUCAGCCCAUUUCAAUCGCUCCAUGAGAGCCUUUGCCAAGACCAAGGGCAUGAGUCUGUCUGAGCAUGCCCUCAGCACUGGUGUGGUGCGUGGAGCUGGUGGCCUCAAAGUAGUGCCCGGCCUCGCUUUAUCCACUCCCACUGAAAAGGAUGUCUUCAUGCAUCUGGGCUUGCCUUACCGGGAACCUCAUGAACGGGACUGGUGACAGACUGGGAAGGAGCAGCUGCUUUUUUGAGCAUAUGGUUAUUUUCUGUGUUGCUGGGUUCCAGAACUGCAAGAAAUCCAAGAUCUUGAAUGUAUUUUACGGGGUUUGACGUGUCGUGAUGAGGGGAGCACUACGGAGAAAUAACCUACUUCAGUCGUUGGUUAGAAGAACAAAUGAGCAUGUGAUUGUAAUGCAUUUUGCACAUUGAAAAUCCCAUUCAAAGCUCCAACAGGAGGGAGAGUAUGAAAUGCAGAUGUUGAAGGAUGAAUUUUUAAAAGAAUGAAUUUUAAAAAACCUUUUUACAAAAAUAUUGUCCUUAUGGUACUGUUAAGGCUGCAGACACCUCCCAGUGGAAAUUAGUGCUUCUCCUUUAAAGGCUGUACCUUUGCUACCUCAAGGCCUGCUGCAAGGGUGGAGAACAUUCUUUCUGCUGAAAGCCAGAUACCCUCAGGGGUACCCUCUCCAGGCUGACUGUGGAAGAGACAGAGCAAAAAAAAGGGAGUCUGGAACCCUCCCUUUUCUCUCUUUUUUCCUGCCUUCUUUCUACUCUCCCCAUUUACUGUCUCUUUCCUUCUUGUCUAUAGUGCUACUGGGGAAUAAGAGAUGAUUUCCCCCAGAAAUCUGAACUGAUCACCAACAGGGAGCUUUUGACUACAAGCUGCAUAGUGGCCUCCAGGCCAUUUUUUUUUUUGCUUCCUUAGAAAAAAAGUCUUGCAGUAAUGUGUGUAUAAAACAGGAACAUCAUUCCAUUGGGGAUAUGAUGCUACUUUCAAAAGAAAACAGGGUCCUUUUGAACCACACAGCUUUUAGCAAAAAAGACAGAACAGAGCUUGUUUUUUUAAAAUUAGAAGUGACUUGCAGUGAAUUCUAGUUUCCUUUGAUAGGGCUUGCCCACUACUGGUUUAGCAUUUCUAAUUAAAAAGCCCUCAAAUAUGAUAAAGAGGUUGAGAGUCUGAUUCCCCACUGUGCCUCUUGUGAGUAGAAACAGUCUGUGUGGCCUUGGACAGGCUGCACAUUCU